GCCCAAGUCAAACUCUAGUACUAUUUACUUGAAUGUAUAUUGGGAUGAUUAAAUUUUUCCUAAACAUAAUUGGGCUUUAACAGAGUACGGGCCAAACAUGAGUAAUACAGCCCAGAUAUUAGGUCUUCCAAUAGAAUCAAUAAAUCAUAGGUCCCAUCUAGUCACGUUUUGUUUUUUUUCUACGACACGUGGCAUACCUCUUCAACGCGCAAACCAGUUACGUGUCCCAAAUGAUCCGCCUCCCUCGGAUCCGAAUCAGGUUCUUAUAACCCGAAACGUUUACCGGCAAGUCGUGCAAAUCCCUAAUUCCAAAGGAAAUCAAGAUCAUGGAGCUCUCUCUAAUCGCUGAAACAGUCUCGGUUUGCACGGUUAAGCAAAGCAUAGCGUUUGGGAGCUCUCUUCUUCUCAAUCACAUUUCGUUCGCCGAUUCCUCCUCCGUCGAUCAAUCUCCUCCAGCUGGAAUCGUUCAAGCAUCGUCGUCGUCGGUCGUGAUCUUCCCCGUCGACGCAAUCGCUCCUUCGCCGGUUAGAUCCAGCUCUUACAAGACGAUCCGCAGGAUCCGUAAAAGGAGACGCACGAAGCGCGUUUCGUACGGUGGCGAUUCGGAAGACGGAGGAGAUUUUGGGCGGUUUUUGUUGGAAGGAGGGUUCGGUGGUGGCGAUGGUCCGUUUGGAUUCGGCGGUGGAAAGGGAUGGAGCUCUGGUGGUGGUGGUGGUGGUGGGGGAAAUUGGGAUGAUUCGUCGUCGUCGUCUGGGUCAUGGUCGGAUCCGGCGAUGGGGUUUGUGUACGAAGUGAUUUGUUGGAUCGCGUUGUCGAAUUGUGUGCAUUUUGCGUUCAAGAGGAUUGUGAGGAUCGUUACGGAUGGUGAAAGGGAGAAGCUGAACCUGACAUUGUCUUCGGUUUGCUGA